GUUCUUUUGUACAGCACUUUGAUCAGCUUAAGCUCUGUUUAAAUGUGCUCUAGAAAUGAAAUAAACUUUACUUACUAUUAUUUUGCUCUUAUAGUUGGAGGCAGGUAUUUGGAGCAUUCAACACAUCAUCCGUUCACUUGCCUUUCUGCUUAUUGAACCUGUAAUUACUUAACAGCAGACAGGUACCUACGGUGUCACUGACUCACCAGAAAACCUUUGACCUGCCGAGCGGUCCUCCACUUUCAGUUUGUGGGAUUUUAUCUUGAGUGCAUAACUCACUGCCUCAGCACAUCUUAUCUAUUUUUGACUCUGCGUUAUGGACCUCAGCCUCCCUUAUGAAACAGUUUGAUUCUAGGCUACAGUAUGUGCCUCUCUAAGCUUAUUCAGGUUCAGUCUUUCAACAUCAUGCAUGUGAGUUUUCAGGGCCAAUUUAUGUAAUAUUUCACUCAUUUAUAUCUGCUCAUUCACCCUGUUAACGCUGGAGACCAGAGAGCCUGAACCUCAUUCUGAUUUUUCAGGCUUAAAGCCGCAGUAUUUAGGAAAUGUGUUGACUUGUUGGGAGGGUACAAUAAAUCAAACAAGUGCGCGCGCCUGUUUGCGUUUGUGUGUGUGCGUACACGCGCGGGGCGGUGCCACUAACUGUAAUUAUGUCGCUAAAAGCUCCUCCUCCGCCCAUUCUUAAUCCCCCUAUAUCCGCUAAUACCGCGACAGACUUUUACCCACAAGCACCAGCUGCCGUCAGCCAACAAAACAAAGUUCCGUGUUGUGGAGCUCCGUGUUCGGGACAGCUUGCCUCUGCUGAAGUGUGAGGAGGGAGAAAGGUAAGGAGCCUUGAGAGCUCAGUCCUCUUCCUGUGUGGACGACUGAACACCUGUGCAGCAUUUAGAGAGCAGAGUGCCUGUCACUCAGCCAGACACCCUGGCUUCAGAUUAUAAUCCUGUUUGAUGGAUGCCCCUUUUAAAAGCUGAUCGCCAUGGCCUCGUCUGACGAUACAGAAGGGUCUCUGACUCCUGUGGAUUUUAUCCAGCUGCAGCAUUACAUGGAAUAUAGCAGUUUGAGAGUGAAAGAUGUGAUUAAGGAGUUUCACCCUGGGGGUCGUCUGGCCCAGCACAGCUUUGGAGAGUGCGUCGAUGCAGUGGGCUUCUGUCUCUUUCUCAAGACCUACCUAGAAGUGGAUGACUUCCCUGCAGAUUUCUGCCAGCGUCUUUUUCGCUAUUUUCAACAUGUAGAGCAGGAUGGGUCCUCGAAGAGCCCUCAGUGCAAAGGAGGUGGGGUCUUUCUUCGUGACGUGUCCUGUUACUUCUCAGUGCUGGAGGAAGGACAGCCCCGAGAGAAGCUUGAAUUUACUUUCAAACUUUACGAUAAAGACGUCAACGGACUCCUGGACAGCUCUGAGGUGGAUCGUAUAAUCAACCAGAUGAUGCGAGCUGCUGAUUACCUGGGCUGGGACGUGACUGAACUCAGACCAGUGCUCAAAGACAUGAUGACAGCGAUUGAUGUGGAUGACAGUGGGACUGUCACUCUGGAGGAAUGGGUGAAGGGAGGCAUGAACAACGUGCCUUUACUUGUUCUGCUUGGAUUGAAGUUCUUUUUGUCUUCCCCUCACCCACAGAUGACAGAGAGGGACGGGCAGCAUAUUUGGAGGAUGAAGCACUUUAACAAGCCGACCUACUGUAGUGUGUGUCAGAGCAUGCUGCUUGGCCUCGGGAAGCAGGGACUCUGCUGCACCUGUUGCAAGUACACCGUCCACAGUCAGUGUGCCAACAAGAAUCCCGAACCCUGUGCUCGUACCUUUGUCAAAUCUAAAAAGGAGAUUGAUGUAGCAGCUCACGACUGGAUCAGAGCAGACUGUAACUCCACCAAGUGUCAGGUCUGCCACAAGAAGAUCAAAACUUUAGUGGGGAGGCGUUGUGUGUGGUGCCAGGAGAUGCGUCAUGAUGAGUGUCUUUUCUCUGGCUUAUUGUCCUGUGAUUGUGGGCCACUGAGAGAUCAUAUACUGCCUCCAUGGGCCAUAUACGCCGUCUCAAAGGAGGAGGACACCAGCUUGUUAAAUGUCACCCUUGAUGGCCACAUCCUGCAGAUUGUCCCAAUUCCAGACACCCACCCUCUGCUGGUGUUUGUGAACCCAAAAAGUGGGGGAAAGCAGGGUGAACGAGUGCUCAGGAAGUUUCAGUACCUGCUGAACCCACGUCAAGUGUACAACCUGUCCAACGGAGGUCCUGCACCAGGACUACACUUCUUCCGCAAUCUGCGUGAGUACAGGAUCUUGGUGUGUGGAGGAGACGGCACCGUUGGGUGGCUCCUGGAUGCUAUAGACAAAGCAGACCUCCAGGUGCAUCCUCCAGUAGCUGUCCUACCUCUGGGCACCGGGAAUGACCUGGCUCGCUGUCUACGCUGGGGAGGAGGCUACGAGGGGUCAGACUUGAGAGAGAUCCUGAAGGAGAUCGAAGCUAGUGAGUUGAUUGUGAUGGACCGCUGGAGCAUCCAGGUGAUACCAGACGACCCCCAAGAGGCAGGAGACCCUGUUCCCUACGAGAUCAUCAACAACUACUUUUCUAUUGGAGUGGAUGCCUCUAUUGCUCAUCGUUUCCACUCCAUGAGAGAGAAACACCCCCAGAGGUUCAACAGCAGAAUGAAGAACAAACUUUGGUAUUUUGAGUUUGCCACUUCUGAGACCAUCUCUGCCUCUUGCAAGAAGCUGAAGGAGUGUCUCAUGAUUGAGUGCUGUGGGAGAUCUCUGGACCUGAGCAGCAUGUCUCUGGAGGGCAUAGCUGUCCUCAACAUACCCAGCAUGCACGGAGGCUCCAACCUCUGGGGCGAGUCCAAGAAGCCUGAUAGUGUGCCAGAGGUGGAGCACAGUGAGGUUAUCACUGACCCUGAACUUCUUAAAACAAUCUCACAAGAUAUGAGUGAUAAGCGUUUGGAGGUGGUGGGGCUGGAAGGAGCCAUAGAGAUGGGACAGAUCUACACUGGACUAAAGAGCGCCGGGCACAGACUGGCACAGACUUCCCAAAUUACCAUCAGGACACUCAAAGCCCUGCCCAUGCAAAUCGAUGGGGAACCCUGGAUGCAGCCUCCAUGUACUAUCCACAUAACUCACAAGAACCAAGCUAACAUGCUGAUGGCAGCGCCAACAAAACCAUCCGGCUUCUUUCACCUUAAGUAGACGAACGGUUCCACUGCAUCCUCCAGUCUGCUGAGGGUCGCAACAGACCACCUAUUUCAUUGUGAAACUGAUGCAGCAUGAGUAUUUAAAAGAGUAUUUCCAUCGCUGAGUGUGUUAACUGUGUGUUACUAAGUAUUAUUGUGUAUGUCUUUUGCACUUUAUCCCUGAUAUAAUUUUUAAUUAUUUCAAAGUACAGACAGCAUGCACUAAGGCAGAGACCACAAUGACAGACCUCAGUGUGUGCAGUCACUACUCAGUCUGACCGCUGCUAUUGUGUGCCAACUUAAAUGUAAUGCAUUCAUUUUUUUGUUUUUGUAAAUAAAAGAGCAGAGCAUGUUGUGUGCCCACAGUAUAUGGAUAAGGAAUAUAAUUGCUUAUUUUAUGUCGUGUUAGCUUUUUUUUUGUGGUUAAUCAAAUUUACGGUUGUGUCUUGUUGUGUUAAAUCUGUACUUCCUAAUGCAGCUGGUGAUGAACUGGCUUUGUUCAGCCUUCAGAAGCUCACAGCAGCUCACCUUAUUCAACACUAUUCUACCUGUCUGUCUUUCACUGUCAGUGUUCAUCCAACUGAAAGAAACAUAUAUAAUGUAUUUAUUUCAGUGCUUUUUACUGUUUCUUAAAUAGGUUACGCUUAAUUGAAUGUGACUGAAUGUGGUUUCAUUGUCAAGAUUUGCUCUACAGUUAUAACUCAGUCCUGAAUGUGCUGGGCAGAGGGGCUUUGAUGUAGCUCUCCCAAAUUCACCAAGUUUACUAUAAAAACAGCUUUCCAUUGUAUUUAAUGCAUUAAGGUGUACUUGACAAGAGUGAUGUUAGUUUCCUCUGUGUUGUCGUCCUGUAACUUUGCUGACGAUGUACUGUACGUCUAUGCAUCGUCUUUGUAACAAGAUUCUCCCAUUGAUUAGGCUUCUUAAAAACAGCCACAAAAUACACAGAAACCUUGGGAAAUCUAAUGAAAUAUGACUGAUUAUGAAAUCAUGCAAAAUAUAAUAUAAAUAUUUUAUGACUUGAGAAAUGUUGGAGAAAAAUGCUGCGGUUAAGAUUUUGUCUCAUUGAUGUGUAUUAUGUGUCUUCAACUGUCAGAAGUCAGUCUUGUGUUGACUUUUCAGUGUACUUAUAUACAUGUAACAUGCUUGUAUGUUCAUUUAUUAUCUUGUCUUAAUGUCAGUAGCUGUCAUUUGCAUUCGUGUCUUGACAAUAUUGUAUACUCAGUUUCAGUGAGGCUCAUAUAGCAUCACAUUAACAUCAUUUAUUGAAUUGUCCUCAGACUGAUUACCUGGUGAAUGGGCAGAUAAAGGAAAUAUUGACAAUCUGGUGCCCUACCACAAGUUUUUGUUUACAAAGGGAUUAACUGGAUUUAAGACUUUCUUUCGUCUCUUCGUACUUUACUGUCUGGCCUUUUUAUAUUUGUGGAGAUCUGUAUGCUGCAGCUUAGCAUGAAUCUCUUAAAGGUUUGAAAAUCUUAAACUCUUUUAAAGGACAAAUGGCAGCAUAAGUUUACACAAUCAUGUAAAUUGCAGAUUGCAUCUCAAUAACAUGCUGUUUACACUGCUUUUAGCAAAGUAUGAAAAACACAAAUUUGCCUGUACAAAAUAUCUACUGUAUAAGUAUGAAGUUGCUCCCAUGCUUACUUGUCAUAAAGAAUGUUUAUCAGCGCUUAACAAUGCUUAUAUUUCAAAGUA